GAUAGGUGCAAAAGGGGAGGGACACAGAGACGGGAGCACUGAGAUGAAGGGAAAGCGACUGAAAGGGAGGUAAUCAAAAGAAAGUAUUUAGAAAGAAAAUAAUCAAAAGAAAGAGACUGGGAAAAAGACUGGAGUGAGAACAAGAUGGGUUAGAAGAAAGAGUAAGAAAGUGAGCAAGAAAAAGAUGAAAUCAGACAGCAAAAGAGUGAGAGAUUAUAGGCUGAGGGAGAGAAAAUCAACAGAGGGAGAGAGACACAGCAGUGUUGACAGACAGAAAUUAAUCAAUAGGCAGACAGGAAGAGAGGCAGGAGGAGAGAGAUCCAGUGAAAGAAAGAGAGAUUGUGUUUUAAAAAGAGAGGGAAAAGGAGAGAGAAGCAGAGAGUGAGAGAGAUAGGAGAGGAGGGGGAGGAAGGGGGGGCAACCAUUUUUGUGGCGGGGAUUUGAGCUGCUUUUGUGUAACUCUCCCUGAGAGAUCGCAUGCUUGAUGAAAGGCCCUUAGAAAAUGCAAAUUGCAGCACGCAUGAAAAGCACAAAGAGGCAUCUCGCUGUCCCUGCCAUGGGUUUAAUUCUUCACCAACCACGUAGUGCUGACGUCGGGAGCAGAUAAUCUCUUCUCUGCCCGGGAGUGAGAAAAAGCUGUCAGCACCUUUUGCUUGAGAGACACUGUGACGCACCUUAGAGAUGGACUCUGCCCCACCAAUUCUCACUCAAGCCCCCACUCCUCAGCAAGCCCCUCCCCUUUCACAUUCUAGCCCUUCACCUCCUCCACAGAUUCUUCCUCAGUUGGCAAACAGACCUCCUCCUUCCCCCCAGGUAGCAUCCCCUCCACCGCCUCUUUCCCCGACCCAGAUGUCUCCCCCACCUGCCUCACUAUCUCCCCCACCAUCUGCUUCCCUACCUCAAAUUACCUGUCUGUCUCUUCCUGCUGAAGGGUCACCUUCUAGAUCUUCACCUUUAUCCCCUGCUAGCCCUCCAGCUGCAUCCCUUCCUCUUUCUCCACAUCAGGUCCCCACUUCAUCAAUCUCACUUUGCCCUCCUACAGAGAGUCUUUCUCCUCAAAAAUUAAUUCUCUGCCCUCCUCCUGGGUCUCCACAUCCACCACCCAACUCACUUUCUCCACCACUUCCCUCUAUUUCUCCGACAGCUUCUCUUUCUUCCCCUCCUGUUUCUCUUUGUCCAUCUACAGGUUCUCCCACUCCCUCCACCUCUUCUAUGUCAAUCUCCCCAUCUGGCCCAAACAUAUGUUCCUCUCCACAAAAUUCUAAAUCCUCUCCACACUUUUAUCUCCCUCCAGCAUCACCUUCCCCUCCCCAUUCUUCUCUAUCUCCUUCUCGAGCUUCUCCUUCUUCAUCACCGCCUUUGCCUUCCCCUCCUGCUCCAGCAUCUCUUCUUGGCCUCUCCAUUGCUGAUGAAGAGCUGGAUCUUCAACGUCAUUCAAAUGGUUUUGCUGAUGGAGCAAGCUCCAAAUCGCGCCAGUUCCCUUGCACCGUUUGUGGAAAACAGUUCCGUUUUAUCAGCAUUCUUGCUCUCCAUGCAAGCACCCACAGGAUGCGUGGACCACUUUCACAGGGCCGUGGUGGCCCCAAGACCCACUGUGAGCCAAAUUCCCAGAGGCCUUUCUUGCUUGGGCACCAGCGCCAAGAAUUCAGCAUCCCUCCAAACCAAGAUUUGAGGACAGAAAGCAUACAUGAACCAGCUCCUGUAAUUUCUAUUCCUACCCCACUUCCACCACUCCGCCACCCGUGCCCAUUCUGUAAGGGUAAAUUUCGCAAAGCAGCUGAAUUGGAGCGUCACCUCCGCAUUCUGCACAGGCCUUACAAGUGUAUCCUAUGUGACUUUGCAGCUUCCCAGGAAGGGGAGCUUGUGGCACAUGUUGAAAGAAAACAUUCUGUUCCACAGCGACCCAAGCCACCUCCACCUCUACCACUUCCAGCUCCUGCCCCAGCUCCACCUCCUGCUGAGUUCAAAUGUGAGAUAUGCUCUCAAAGUUUCACGCAGUCAUGGUUCCUAAAGGGUCACAUGCGCAAGCACAAGGACUCGUUUGACCACAGAUGCUCAGUAUGUGGAAGGUGCUUCAAGGAAUCAUGGUUCCUGAAAAACCACAUGAAGGUACAUCUGGGAAAAAUAAAGGGGGCAGGAGGACAAGAAUCUACUGCUAAUCAGCCUCCACAAGCCCAGCAUGUUACCACUUCGUCUUCCUCAUCAUCUUCUAGACUUCUUGGAUAUCAAAACUUUUAUUCUGGCCUCUUACUAAGGCUACCACCUCCUGGGGAUGCCACCUGUUCACAGAUGCUCCAAGCCACAGCCAGAGCAGUUCAAGGAGGAGAAGGAGACCAGGAUGGAGCAGGGAAUACUAGCAGAAGCCAGACAUUGGGGGCAGCCAUUGGAGACGGAGCAUCUACCAAGGUUAUGCUAUCCCAAGGAGCUGGUGGAAUCGUUCUAAAAGGUGUAGGUUAUCCAGAUAAGAACGGAUGGAGUGUAAAUGUCCCACAGGCAGAGAGACCUCGUGGAGCAACUGGCAGAGACUGUCCCUUCUGUGCCAAAUCAUUCCGGUCCUCCCACCAUUUGAAGGUGCAUCUUCGUGUACACACAGGUGAGCGUCCAUACAAAUGCCCUCACUGUUCUUAUGCUGGCACUCAAUCUGGUUCCUUGAAAUAUCAUCUCCAGCGGCAUCACCGUGAUUCCAAGCUCUCCACAGGCGCUCCUUUACGUGGUAAAAAUGCCCCCCAAGGUGGAUCAUCUCAGCCAGAGAGGCUGAUACCUGUGGUCUCUCCUGCAUGGGCCAACUCCUGUGCUGACCUUCCACCUACCUGUGAGGAUGAAGCAUCCAUGCCCCUGCGUCUGCACCUUUCAGAGGGUCAGGGGCCCAGCACAUUUUCCAGAGUAGCUAACAGAGGAGUGCAGAGGAGAAGUCCCUCACACCAGCCAGCUAAUGGGAGGCCAGAGCACGAGCCCCUGGAUUUAUCUCAAGGAACUCCCUUUCAUCGUUGCAUGUACUGUUCUUUUGUCACAUCGGUGGGGGAGUUGAUGAGUCUUCAUCUCCAAGUGCAUCAUGGAAGAAGGUCUCGCAGGAAGGCAGGCUUUAUAAGGGCAAGGCCCAGGCCUAUACUAUCUCCCCAAUCUCCAAGCAACAGCCUGAGAGACAGUCCUGAACCAUGUGAGAAUGCUGAGUGAUCUGUGACGCAGCAAGGGCAGCCGCGAUAUGAAAUGUCAUGUGACUGCCCGCAAUCCAUAUCUUACAUAAAACAGAGAAGGAAUGGGAAAAGUUAGAAAGAAAGGAUGAGAUUGCUAGAAUGAGGGUGACUGUAGGUAGGAAAGGGGAACGCAAUGGUCAGAUAUCUAGGAAGAAGUUAGGUAGGAGGUGAGUGUUAGGAAAGACCAUUCAGAGUGUGAGAAAUGAGACAGCUAAAAUGAGGUGAAAAGUAAGAACUUAACUAUUGGGAAGAAAAAGAAGAAUGUUAAAGACAGUCACCCUUGGUAGAGACAGUCACUAUGAGAAGACAAUGUAUUAAAAAAGCAAGACAGAAUGAGUCAGCUAGUGUUGGAAUCAGUGAUCAUUAUUCACAUUUCAAAAAGUCCGUUAAUCCAAGUGAGAGCAUUUGUGACGCAUGCAAGAGUGAGUGCUGUAGGCAAUAAAGGAAGAGUGCUAGACAUAUAGUGAGUGUGCUAGGGGCUUUUGAGAGAAUGUUUAUACUUCUGGAGAUAUUCCAGAGAGAGUGUUAAAACACUUUUUGGAGAGGUUGUGAGAGAUCUAGCUGAGAGUUGGAGACAUCUCAGAGGUAAGAUUUUAAGAGAGUGUGCUAGGAAUCAUGAGUGUUUGUUGAGACAUUUAAAAGGGUGAGCUAAAGCUAAGAUUAUGGAUAUCUAUAAUCACUUAUUUGAAAGACUGCUCACAACAUUUCUGCAUUUUACAGCCGGAUAUCCAACUAGAAAUAGGACCAGUGCCUGCUAGUGUUAGAUUGAAAGAGGCAGCUAGAGUUAGGGUUAAACAGACUAGUAAUAAUAGACACUUAGUAGUUUUUUUUUUGUUUUGUUUUUUUUUUUUGCCACAGAAACUUUCCCACUGGUUUCUGGUGGUUCUGAGACUUUAUUUUUGAUAAUUUGAUUCGGACCAUUCUUCAAAUCCAUUCACUGUUAGCUACACCCCAUACCCUCUUUCCCCAUGUCCUUAGGAACCUGUUAAAAAAAAAACAUUUCCGCAUUUAGAGAUUUCUAUAUUUUUUUUUAUUCUUUUCUUGUAGAAAAAGAGAAACUUGAAAAAAAAAUUAAAAUAAAAGUGUUUGAAAGUAGAAA